AUGCCAUCUCAACCACCCUUCGCACCUCAUGGGUCACUGCAGGAUCUUGAGGAUACUUUGUUCCUUGAAAACAUGCCCAUGGAGUUCAACUCCCUCCACAAGCGCGCCUCUACUUUGAUAUUCUCAAUCGACGUGUCUCGAAUUGGGGACCAAGAUCAUUCAAUCGACGUUAAACGUCUAAGUCUGAAUUUAAAGUCAUUAAUAUCUUCAGAAGAUAUCUUGGCCUAUGCAACAGCUAUCGAUAGAUGGUCGAGGGCAGUUACUCCCAUCUUUAAAUCUAGUCGUUCACGUUCUUCAUCUUCACCACCUUACCAAAUUGCAACAGCAUUUAUGAUCAAGCGAAUUUGCGUGCGUCUUGGUCUUCCAGGGAUCACAGUUAAUGAGCAUGAGAUCACAGCUCUAUGCGCUGUACUACUUGAGUUUGGAGUCGAGAUUAUAGAGCCGAAAAACGAGAACCAAGCUUUCAAGCGGGUAGAUGACGGUUUAGUAACAGGUCUGUUUCUCGUAACCCAAAGAUGUCCUGAUGAAAAGACGAAAAGCAGAGCAUUAGAACUGCUGUGGAACCAUGAAAGGCGUGGCAAUCUUUACUAA